ACAUGAUUCCUGUUAGCCUGUUCUCCUUCAUUUUAGUGACACAGCUUUCUGCCCUCAAUACUGAAGGAUGUGAUUCCUUCAAUAACACGCUAGUAAGAGGCCUUCGUACAUAACGUAUAUCAAGAUUUCGUGGUGAACGGGUGUCUCGAACCCGAGGAAUUCGAGAUCACAAAGGCGGUGAUCAGUGGAAAGAUAUCGCGGCUGGGCACGGAUUCGAUAAAUAAUCUGCCGAAGCUGAAGUGGAUCAUGAUCAGUAAGGAGGACCUGGAGAUCCUCGAGCCGCGAGCUUUCAGGAAUCUGCCCAGCCUCAGAACGAUAGAUAUUACGCAGACCAACCUCAAAGAGAUACCGAAAGAUGUUUCCAACUCGAUUUCCAGCAUAACAUAUAUGUGGAUGUCCAGAAACAAGAUCGACUUCAUAGAGAGUGGAGCUUUCACCAAUCUAGAGUCGUUACAAAUAAUCGGGUUGAGCGAGAACGCGCUAUCAUAUUGGAACAGAGAAUGUUUUGAAAACUGCACCAAUUUACGAACCAUAAAUUUCAAUAACAACAAAAGCUCCGUGAUCCCGAUAAGAGCUUUCGCAGCGCUACCAAGACUCGAUAUAAUCUCACUUGACGAUUACGAGAUCACCACCAUUCAACUAGACGCUGUCCAAAACUUGGAAAAUCUCAGCUAUUUGGGCUUGUUCCACAACAGACUGACGGUGAUCGACAAGCGAGCAUUUCCGAAUGACAUGCACAUCGAUUAUCUGAACAUCCAAUGCAAUUAUCCCAAUUAUCUCCCAGACAAGUUCCUGAAAAAAUUUUCCGUCAAAAAUAUCUCAUUGGACUCAUAUAACCCCUGGAAAUGUCCAUGCUUGCAGAGGAUACAUGACUGGCUGUACUUCACUAAUGCAUACCUCCAGUUUUAGCUUCAUUGCAAAUCACCCUACGCCUCGACAUGCGCAGUUCCUCAAGGUUAUUCGUUAACAUGCCAAGAAUAUGUCGACGAAGAGUUGACACGUAGGUAUAUCAGGGUUUUGAAUAAUUUAGAAUUGGGGUAUCAUUGUGCCAGAUUGGAUUAGGAAAUUUGUAAUCUAUGCAUACACUGCGACAUAAUAAAUGUAUUGUGCCUUCUUC